CAACAACAACAAUAACAACAACAACAAAAGACAAAAAAAAAAAAGAAAAAAGAAUGUAUACAUGGAUGGGUCACUGGGUCACCCCGCAGUACAGUAGAAAAUUGACAGAACACUGUAAACCAGCUCUAACGGAAAAAAAUAAAAAUCAUUAUACAAAAAAUUUUUAAAAAUGAACUAUAAUAUUGUAGCUUUCAGCAGCUAGGUGCUAUUCAGUUUUGCAAGAAACUAUGAAGAAGAGACUUUCAGUAAAUGAAGUUAUUCAUGGAGAAAACACCAUAAGAUCCACGGAUAGAAGAACAAAAAGUUGGGUGGAAAUAUGGGAGUCCAGUGCAUCUUGACUGUCUGGAAGGUCAUCUCUGGAUGGACGUUUCUGUCCCUCCAUUGUAUGUCCGAUGAAUGGAUGGAAGAAUGAAGAACUGAGAGGUUAUAUAGGAGGAAGAAAGCUGGGGAGUCAUAACAAGGUAGCAAAUGGUCGGUAGGAGAGUGGACAGAGGAAACGUUGAUGGCUUGAGGAAGAAGUGGACUGCUCAGGAAGCGGGAAGAAUAGUCAAGGUGAACCAAACUGAUUAGGCUGCAAUGUGAGGGGCAGGAUGGCACGUGAGAGUCUUAAAAUAUCAGCUCCAGGUCCUGAAUAAGCUGCCUAUUUGUCUUUUCUACAGGAUAGUGGUCCUUCAAUCUAAGUAUUUUUCCCAGCAUGGGCGGUAACCCUCACAACAGCUCAGAGUGGCCAACUUUCAUCCUGACAGGGCUCCUGGGGCUGGAGACCUCCCAAGACUGGCUGUUUCUGCUCCUUGGUACCCUGUACGCGGUCUCCAUCGUGGGCAAUGCCCUCAUCCUAUUCAUUAUCAAGGAGGAGCAGAGCUUGCACCAGCCUAUGUACUACUUCCUGUCCCUGCUCUCAGUUAACGAUCUAGGCGUGUCUUUCUCCACACUGCCCACGGUGCUGGCCACAUUUUGCUUCCACUUCAGGGAAAUCAGCUUUGAUGCUUGCAUGGCUCAGAUGUUCUUCAUCCACCUCUUCUCCUUCAUGGAGUCUGGGAUUCUGCUGGUCAUGAGCUUUGACCGCUAUGUGGCCAUCUGCAAGCCACUGCGCUACGCCACUGUGCUCUCCGAUGGCCGUGUUGUACGCAUGGGCGUGUCUGCCUUCAUCCGCAGCUUCUGCCUGGUUUUCCCGCUGCCUUUCCUGCUGAAGAGGUUGCCCUUCUGCAAGGCCAACGUAUUGUCCCAUGCCUACUGCCUGCAUCCGGAUCUGAUCCGUCUUCCCUGCGGCGACAUCACCAUCAAUAAUCGUUUUGGUCUCUUCAUUGUCAUCACCACCUUUGGCCUGGACCCUGCACUCAUUCUCCUCUCCUACGCACUCAUAGUGCGCUCCGUACUCGCCAUCGCAUCCCGGGAGGGACGGCUAAAGACGCUGCACACGUGUGUGUCACACAUGUGUGCGGUGCUCAUCUUCUAUGUGCCCAUGGUCGGGGUGUCCAUGGCCGCUCGCUACGGGAGGCACGCUCCGCUGCACCUGCACACACUCCUGUCCCUGGUGUAUCUCUUUGUGCCUCCGAUGCUCAACCCUGUCAUCUAUUCUAUCAAAACCAAAGAGAUCCGCCAGAGGCUGUGCAGAAUGCUGGUGGGAACCAAUUUUUAAGCAGGAGACAGAUGGAAAGGCCCACACUCAAAGGAUGUUUACUGUUACUCCACAGAUUGGGGUUUUCAAGACCUGUUUGGCAAGACUUUUUAAACUGCCCUUUGGGAACGAGUCUACUCUUAGGAUUUCUACUACCGCGUGUACACCCUGGCAUGAGCCAGGAGGUUUUGGCAGGGUAUACUGGGUCAUAAUUUUUAAAAAAAGGAAUUGAACAAUUUCCUCUUUUGGGGGGGUA